AUGCCAUUGGGGAAAAGAUUGGCUUUGGAAGACUUAUUUGGGGAUUCACCACGUUCUAGCACUGUACCUACUACUACUGAUAUCCUUGUGCCCGAGACGCUUGUGAAAAAGCAGACUGCCGAUGCACAGGCUACUGCUAAUGCUGCUGCAAAGCAAUUGGCUCUCAAGAAGGAAAAGCGCGUCAAGCGUCGUGAAAUUUUCAAUCGUGCUCGUCGCUAUCAUGCUGAAUACAUCUCUGCCGAGCGUAAGGAGAUUGCAUUGCGUCGUCAAGCCAAGGCCAAUGGCAACUUUUAUGUGCCUGCUCAACCCAAGCUUUUGUUGGUGGUGCGUAUUCGUGGUAUCAACAACAUUCCUCCCAAGCCACGCAAGGUGCUUCAAUUGUUGCGUUUGCUCCAAAUCAACUCGGCUACCUUUGUCAAGGCCAACAAGGCUACCCUUUCCAUGCUUCAGCUUGUUCAGCCUUAUGUCACCUAUGGUACUCCCAAUUUGAAGACUGUGCGUGAGCUCGUGUAUAAGCGUGGCUAUGCCAAGAUCAACAACCAACGCAUCCCUAUCCACGAUAACUCUGUCAUUGAGCAAUCUCUUGCUAAAUACAAUGUCAUGUGUGUGGAGGAUUUGAUUCACGAGUUGGUUACUGUGGGUCCCCAUUUCAAGCAAGUCAACAACUUUUUGUGGCCUUUCAAGCUUUCAAACCCCAAUGGCGGCUGGCGUACUCGCAAGUUGAACCACUUUAUUGAAGGUGGUGAACAGGGCGAUCGUGCCGAGUUUAUUAAUAGCUUGGUACAAUCCAUGAAUUAA